UAGAAAUCAGCUGGCAAAGAGAGGAGAACCCUCACCGCGCUUAUAGAGUGAAAUUGUUCGUAUAGAAAGAGCAAAAAAUCAAAAUUUUUAAAGUUACCGUUAAUCGUAAAAGGGUUAACAAAUUUUUCUAGAACAUCAAGAAAAACCAAAAAAAAAAAAAAACAAAAAGUUCGAGAACUUCUCUUCACCCUAUAUUUCUCUCUUCUUCGUUACUGAUACAGAAAAAAAACGAAAUUUUUUGUUUUUUAUAUAAAAAUUAUUCGUUGGGAACGUGUAAAUAAAAAAAAAAGCUGCAUUCAUGAAAAAAAUGUACAGAUUGAAUGUUCAAGCUCAACAGCAACAACAGGCUCAGCAACAGCAGCAACAGCAAUCAUCAUCACAAUCAGCUGCUGCUGCUGCUGCGAUAACAGUUGCCACAACUCCAAGUCAUAUAAUAAUACAACAGCAUCCAACAGCUGGUAAUCGUCACAGUAAUUCAACUCAUAUAUUAGGUGGUAUACCAGCUGGUGGUGGAAAUGGACCUGGUGGUGGAACAAAUUCUAGUAGCACUAUUAUUGGUAAUGGUGGUACAACAACAAUUACUGCCGUUCCAAUAAAUUCAAUUGCCACAUCAUCAUCAUCAUCAGGAACAUCGGUUAAUAGUCAUAUGAAUGGUGAUUCAAAUACAUCAAAAAUUAUUGUUACAUCAAUAAAAUCUGAACCUAUACAAGAUGUUAUAACAAUAACCCCAGCAAAUACUGUAACUGUUGUUAGUAAUGUUGUUAAUAAUAUUAGUAAUAGUAUUGGUAAUAUAAAUAAUCCUGUUGUAACUGCUACAGCUAUCAGUAAUAGCAGUAUAAAUAAUAAUAGUGGUAUUAGCGGUAACAGCAGUGUUAAUAGUGGUAGUGGGAGUGGUGGAGGUCCAAAUAAUAAUACUGGAACAAAUUCAUUAAAUUCUAGUACAAAUAUAACAACAAUAGCGUCUACCAGUACUGGAAGUACAAAUGGUCAUAAUAUCGUUUUUGUUCCAAAUAAAAGGACUAAAUUAGACGGUCAUGAUGAUUGGAUAUCAUCUCCUAGUCCAAGUGCGGCUAGUUCAGCAGCACCAUUAAGCCCAUCACCGGGCUCACAAAGUCAUAAUUUUAAUGCAAAUAUCUCGAAUGGAUAUCCAUCACCGAUGUCAACUGGAAGCUAUGAUGCUUAUAGUCCAAAUGGAAAAAUGGGUAAGUCAAAGUGGCAUUCAAUUUUAACCUGUUCUACUCAUUACUAUUAGAGUAAGUAUUCUUUUAAAUAUUGGACUUUUAUAAAAACAUACAUACAAAGCAAUCCCUCGUUUAAAGUCGUCUUUAGGAUCG